GAUACAGGUUUGUGUCCGCCUCUGUUCUCCCUCUUUUCACAGAGCUCUAAUCUCCAUGUAGCAGGAAAAAUGUCGCGUUUGAUUGUCAAGAACAUUCCACCAUAUGUGACACCUGCUAGACUCCGCCAACAUUUUGAGCAGAAGGGUGCUCCAGGUGGGACGAUCACUGAUAUCAAAGUGUCCUUCAAGCCGGAUGGCACCUCUAGACGUUUUGGCUUCGUUGGCUUCAAGACCGAUAAGGAAGCGAGUACAGCAAAAGACUGGUUCGACAGAACGUUUAUUGAUUCGACCCGUAUCAACGUAGUCGUUGUAGAGGCAUCUAAGGAUGCGCCUACACCGCGACCAAACAAGAGACGGCGAAUGGAUUCAUCAAAAGACGAUCAUCCUGAUAUCCGAGAGUCGAAACCUAUUCAAUCGAAAAACGAGACGGCUGCAUCUAACCCAGUCAAGGAAAAGAGUGAUCCAAAUCUUGAUGAGUUCAUGAAAGUGAUGCAGCCGCGUACCAAAAAGGGUCCAUCAUGGGCAAACGAAGCAUCUCAACAUAAUCAAGCAUUGCUUCCUCCUGUGGUGGACGUCACGCCGGUACCUGUGGAAGAAAAUAAUCAAGAAGGUGAUGAAGGCAAGAACGAUGAAGGCAUCUCAGAUCUCGAUUGGAUGAAGCGACGUAUGACUCAGAAAAUGGAUAACAUCAAUCUCCAGGAGCGUGUAUUCCAACAGUCGGACGACGAAGAUGAAGAUCGUGACAUGAAUGCAGAGAAUCAAACUGCGAUUCCAGAAGAGGAGAAAGAUCCAACAAAAGAAACGAUUUUACAAACUUCGCGACUGUUCUUGCGGAAUCUAGCGUUUUCAUGUACCGACUCUGAGCUGAUGGAGCUCUUCCAACCGUUUGGCGAAAUAUCUCAGGUUCAUAUACCUCUUGAUCCUCGAACAAAGCAACCCAAAGGUCUGGCUUAUGUGACUUUCAGUGAAUCUUCAGCAGCCUUGGCAGCAUACGAAGCUCUUGACAAGAAAUCCUUCCAAGGUCGUCUACUACAUAUACUUCCUGCUGUGACCCGCAAAGGCAAAAUACAAGAUGAAGAUCAGGAGGGGAAGAAAAAAUCGCUGAAAGGCGAGAAGGAUGCGAAGCGGAAGGCUAGUGCAGGACGUGAAUUUAAUUGGAGCAUGUUGUAUAUGAAUAGUGACGCGGUGGUCUCGUCUGUAGCCGACCGCAUGAACAUUGCAAAAUCGGAUAUUCUUAAUCCUGAAUCCGAUAACGCUGCUGUCAAGCUUGCGCUUGCUGAAACGCAUAUUAUUCAAGAGACAAAAACAUAUUUUGAAUCACAAGGAGUGGUGCUAUCAUCGUUCUCGUCGAAAGCACGGUCGGAUACUACGAUUCUAGUUAAAAACAUACCCUAUGGUACGACGGCGGAGCAGAUACGAGAGAUGUUCGAACCACAUGGACAACUUAGUCGAGUGCUCUUACCUCCUGCGGGUACAAUGGCUGUGGUCGAGUUUGCUCACCCUGAUGAAGCUAGUAAAGCAUUUCGUGCUGUGGCUUACAGACGAUUAGGCAACUCGGUCGUAUAUCUGGAGAAAGGCCCGCUGGGUAUGUUCCAGGACACUGGUGAUACUAACGAACCCACCGGUCAACCCAAAAUCUCAACGUCUUUCAAGCCAGUGACCAUAUCAGAGCAAGAAGCGGACGGUCCUGACGGUGAUGAUGAACCUUCCCUAUCUGCUGGCUCGACGUUAUUUGUCAAGAAUAUCUCUUUCAGCACUACCUCCGACCGAUUUACUCAGGUAUUCCGCAAUCUACCAUCUUUUGCUUUUGCGCGUGUACAAACGAAACCCGAUCCCAAACGGCCUGCUGUCCCUGGUGUCGAAGCUCCACGCCUAAGCAUGGGAUAUGGUUUCGUUGGCUUCAAAACUGCAGAUGCUGCUCAGAAAGCAUUGAAGAGUAUGCAGGGCUUUGUGCUUGAUGGACAUGCCCUACAUGUCAAAUUUGCUGGACGUGGUGCAGAAGAGGAUGAGGGUAAAGACAAAGGGAAGACUAAGAGCAACACGACGAAGAUGAUCGUCAAGAACAUGCCAUUCGAGGCGACCAAGAAAGAUAUAAGAGAAUUAUUUGGGGCUCAUGGACAACUCAAAUCUGUACGUCUUCCGAAGAAAUUCGACUCUCGUUCUCGCGGGUUCGCUUUCCUGGAAUUCGUUACACGACACGAAGCAGAGAAUGCCUACGCUAUGCUUCGCCACACCCAUUUGUUAGGGCGACACUUGGUUCUCCAGUGGGCUGAGGAAGGAGAGCAGGAUCUAGAUGUCCUACGUAAGAAGGUUGGCGUUGGGUAUGGUGACGGGUCUGAACUUCCUGGACGCAAGCGGAAAUUGGUAUUUGAUGAAGAUGGGGAUGGGGAUGGCGGAGGGGGAGAUGAAUAGCGCAAGGCUUGCACUGCAACUAUCUGCUACUGAGGUCGGAAGCCAGGCGCUUCAAGUCUAUUCUUGUUUGUACUAGCUGCCCCCAGACCGGCGUAGCACUGUUAGUUACGUCACAAUACUUAGACUCUCGUGUCUUCUCAA